AUGCCCGGUCGUCUUCAGCACAAGGUAGCGCUUAUCACAGGCGCGGGAUCAGGUAUUGGCCUGGAGUCUGCGAUCCUGUUCGCGCAGGAAGGCGCCCACGUCGCUCUCGUGGAUGUCAACGGACCAGCAGUCCAGAAGACGCACAAGCUUAUCGCAGAACGCUUCCCUGAUGUCAAAUCCAUCCCCAUUCAGGCCGACGUCAGCAAGGAGGAGAGCGUCAAGAACAUGGUUGAUGAGACCGUGAAGACGUUCGGGCGGCUAGAUGUCAUGUUCAACAAUGCCGGUAUCAUGCAUCCCGAGGAUGACAACGCGCUGAACACGGAGGAACGCAUCUGGGAUCUAACGAUGAGCAUCAACGUCAAGGGCGUCUGGUGGGGCUGCAAAUACGCGAUUCUUGCGAUGCGGCAAAACGUCACCGAUGAGAGUAAGGGCCUACAUACCGGCGGUAGCAUCAUCAACACGGCGAGCUUCGUCGCGCUCAUGGGCGCGGCGACUCCGCAGCUGGCCUACACUGCGUCAAAGGGUGCUGUCCUCGCCAUGACGCGUGAACUCGCAAUGGUGCACGCUCGCGAAGGCAUUCGUAUCAACUCCAUCUGCCCCGGUCCCCUAAAAACUCCCUUGUUGAUGGACUUCCUCAACACCGAUGAGAAGAAGAACCGCCGGAUGGUCCACCUGCCUAUGGGUCGCUUCGGAGAGGCCGUCGAAGUGGCCAGAGGUGCUCUGUUCUUGGCGAGCGAUGACAGCAGCUACGUGACGGGAACGGACUUCAAGGUCGAUGGCGGUCUCAGCUCUUGCUAUGUGACGCCUCUGGGAGAACCCGUCCUUUCUCCUCCGUCCAGUCUCAUCUAA